CGCCUUACCCGGUACAAUGGCAGCCAAGUUCGUCUUCGUCGUGCUCGCCGGCCUCAUCGCCUUGCAGGCGGUGAUGGCGGACUCGAGCAGCUCCAGCAGCUCCUCCGACGAGUCCGACAAGCGCCGCCCUGCCCAGCGCCCUGCCAGGCGCCCCGCCCCCGCCCGGGUGUGGUAUGCGGACGCCGAGUCGCCGUUUGAGGACGCCCCUUCUGACGAGGACUUCUGGUACCCGGAAGUGGUCGUCAGGCGUCCGGCCGGGGGCCGGUACGCUCCCCUGCCCCGCGCCCGGCAGUACCAGCCCAGGCGUCCGGACUUCCUCGCUCCCCGGCAGUACCAGAACCAGCCCAGGCGUCCCAUCGUCGUCGAGCGCGUCCCUGCUCUGCCUCGUCCCGUGCAGGGCCCCAACCACCCUGCGCGUCCCUCCGGCGUGGACUUCAUCACCCCCAACCAGCCUCGCCGUGAUUCCGGCGUGGACUUCAUCACCCCCAACCAGCCUCGCCGUGAUUCCGGCGUGGACUUCAUCACCCCCCAAACCCGCCUCGCCGUGACUCUGGCGUGGACUUCAUCACCCCCAACCAAUGAAAUGUCCAUCUUAAGGGCUCAUAUUCAGUGA